GGGCUGUACCCACUAAAAUUUUCUCAAGCACAAGACCACCAGACCCUUUCGAUUUAAUCCAUUCCAUUAUCAAAACACUGUUGACUCAACAAAUUCCACAAUGGCCCCCAGCAAACGCCCCCGCGAAGAAGAUACCACUUCACGCUCAACCACCAAAAAGCCUCGCCAUGGCUUCAAGGUUGGUCCUGACAAUUUGCCUGACGGAACUUGGCGUCGGAAGGUUAUUGCGAUUAAGAAGGAUUUAAUACAUAAGGCGAAGGUCAAGAAGGCGUAUGCGAAAUUGAAGGCGAAGGAGCCGUUGAGGGAGGACAGGAAUUUAUAUGUCGAGAGUGAGAAAAAGGAAGGCGAGUUAGAAAGGAAUGAGGAAGGUGAGAACCUUGCCGAAGGAGAAGAAGCAGUGGAGCUACAUCCGCAAAGAAAAGCUAUGCUUGAUGAGUCGGAAGCCGACACUGCUGCCAAAAGCGUUCCACGUUAUUCGGACAAUCUUGAAGAUGUUAAGGACAAGAAGAGGGAAGGAGGUGGAAAGAGAGGGGCAAAGCCGGCAUAUUUUGCAAAAGAAUUAGCAUUUGCAGAAAAACAAAAGGCAGAACAGAUGGCCAAAAGAGAAGAGUUCGAGAGGAAGGAAAGGGAGAAGAAGGCUAAGAUUGAGGAGAGGGAGAGAUUUAGAAGGCAGAUGGCUAAGGCUAGGAGUGGAGGCAAGAACGGUCAGAGGAAAUUAGGGAGAGAGAGCCAGGUUUUAUUGGAGAAGGUCAGGAAGGUUGUUGGCAAUUGAGACAACGGUGGAAUAUGGGACAAGGAAAACAAAGGAAGUGCAGGAAGCAUGGUUCACGUAUUAAUGGAUGUUAAGGCGGUUGCAGGUAGCGAGGGAGAGAUUGAUGAGACUUAUGAUACCCAUGAAAGUCAUCGGAGAUGAACUGCGCGGAGAUUUCUUCUCUAGGUUUAUGGCGUUAAUGGCCGAUGCUCCUAACAAGCGUCUAUGCACUAUGGUGCUUGAUUGAAGGCACACUCAGUCUCCUAUAUCAAAUAGAGGUUUGGGAUUACACCUUCACGGAAAUUUGCAAUUCGGGUUGACAGGAUAUCUCAUGAAAUUAUCGCUAUUUAUAUGCUA